AAAAAAUAGAAGAAAAGCCAAGAGAAGUCGAGACGAGUUGACACCUGUACAAAGACACGAGAACGACCUAAGCUGAGAGACAAAAGAAGGAAGUCACGCAGCCAACAAGCAACACGCCCCGCUGUCCAGAGCCUGAAGGUCAGCACUCGAUUCCCUGGUAAACGGUGAACAAAACAAAGGCAAAAGUCACGAUGGCCGGAAAAUCCUACAAAUGGGCAAACCCGCAAACUGCACCACGUAGCACAAGUACUGACUGGGAUGACAUACGCGCCAAGAUUCUGGAGUACUACGACCUGAAGGACAAAGAACCAAAUGAGAGUUUCUAUCUUCAACUCUACGGCGGAGGCGUUUGGUUAAUGAAUUCUAGGGAUGAAACACUCCAACUAGACAUGAACAUCCUCAGUUUGGAAGAAGCAGCCAGACUCCUGGAAGUGUUGAAAGCUACAGAGGAUCGAGUGGUAGGGUUGAGAGGACCCGUAAGCCACUACAGCGACGCAGGGAGAGCAGGAGCCACUACGUCCACGCCCAGGGAUGACGACCAGACAUACAGCAUGAAUGAGAUCACCAAGCUGUUGCGUGAGAGCACCAUGACUCAAGUCAAGCUCAGCGAAAGGCUGGUAGAAGGAAUGAAGUCCCUCGUGGAGGAGAAUGCUAAGAUGAAUCAAAACUUCGAAAGGUUCACAACCAAGAUCAGCGGAGAUGUACAGCAACUGAUGAGGUCCGUUGAUAGUCUGAAGCUCAGAGGGCAGGAUGGACAGGCAGUAAAAGAUUGGCAGGAGAAGCCAACUCUUUCAGCCAACAACAAGCCAAGCAUCGUCAGCUGUACACGCCCGGCAGAACCGAUCAAGCUGCAUCCACGAGGACGCGGACGUGGCUUUCGACCAGCAAACCGCAAUCCGCUCACGCUCUUGGCUCCUGGACCAAGGGAGUUCGGACCUGCUGAACCCAGGUGCUCGUCCACACUAGUGGCCGACUCGUACGAAUGGAACGAGAAAAAUGAAGUAAGGAGAGAACAGUCGCCAUAUAAAGAUUGGCGCGUUGAAUCCGCCGAACGUCUUGGAAUCGCGCUCGACGAUUUGAAUAUUGACAACUCGAAGCAGAGAACCCCAGAAAAAUCAGCCCUGCUCGGAUUCGCAGAGGAAAGAAACCGUUCCUCUGAUGAAAGACCCAAAAGUAGGGAAAGGCCCAACAAACGGUGCGAGCGAUGUGGUAGCACGGCGCACUUGUCCAAGGACUGCAAGCACGACGAGCCUAAGUGCUUUAACUGCAAUAAGUUCGGGCACAUCGCCGUAGACUGCAUUGAACCACGGAAAGGGCCACCACGAAAGAGAGCGACUGAUCGCAACAGAAGUAUCUCUCCAAAGAGAAAGCAGAGGAGAGAGCAUAGCAGAUCUCGAUCAAAGUCACCUUUCAGACGACCUGGCACUCCUGCAAAAGAAUAACUAAGGGUCAGCCUGGAAACGAUGUCGAGGACAAUCGGGAGGGAGUGUUGGAAUAUGUGCACGAUCUCCCCCGACACCGACGGCAGAUCCCUCGCGUCGCAGCGACUCUAGAAGCGCUCGCCGCCAAAAACCACGUGAUACGGCGCUGAGCUCGGCGGCGCUCUCCGCUCGCCGCCUCACUCUCUACGAGAUAGUCGAGCUGCACGCACGCCUUCGGCUCUUGUCCCGCUCUGUCUAAGUUUAACCUUUAAUAAUAAAGUUACGCUACGCUCUAUUACUUGA